AGAAAUUAUGGAAAGAUUCCUCAUCUUCAUCACCACCUAGAAGAGAUGCGAUUCCCCAUCUAUAAGUAAUCCCAGGGCAGGGAACUAUUCAUUAGAAAUGGAGGGAGUGAAAAAACAUGCUUCAGCAAGAACACAGACACACAAUCACUUUGUGAGCUCUGGUAAAGAGCUGAACACCUGGGUUUUUUUACACAUGUCCAGACUGCUUGCAGAGGGGGGGCUGGACUGUGAGGUGGUGACACUCUAGCAUUAGGCCAAACUGGAGACUUCAGCAGGAGCGAGCUGUGGAAGCUUUGUGUCAUGGAAGCAGCACCUGGACUUCUGCCACUGAGAGGCAAUGUCUAGAGAGGUGGCACUGGAUCCUUCUGACAAGCUAAGAUGAUGAUGGUCACUUGCCUGCUCCUCUCCUGUGUCUGGACCGCUGCUCCAGAUGGAGGGAUAGAGAAAUCCUCCAGAAUUGCUCUGCUUGGAAAUGAAGCCUCUGUGCAGGUGAUGAACAGAAAGGUCCAGUCAGUCCAGGCAGGAGGAAAUGUUACUUUUUCAUGCCGGUCAGUCACGAAAGAAGAUGUGAUACAGGUGACAUGGCAGAAGGAGAUGGAUGGAGCUGAAGACAACAUAGCAACUUAUAGUAGGAUGAAUGGCCAAAAAAUAGCCAAGGCCUAUGUAAGCCACAUGAGUUUUGCCCACAGCGAGUUACAAGCCUCAGCCAUCUCCCUUCAUGGAGUCACCCUCCAAGAUGAAGGAUGCUACAAAUGCAUCUUCAACACAUUUCCCUCAGGGGCUGUCACUGGCAGGACGUGUCUCAAGGUUUAUGCCAUCUCGGAUCCCAGAGUGGAAACUAAGCUUAUAUCCACUCCAGGCAAAGCUGAGGACUCUGAGAAAAUGGUGGGGAUGAGCUGCUCAGCAACAGGGAAACCAGCUCCAAAAAUAACCUGGCACCUCCCCAGCAUCCUGCAGCAGAAGCCAAGGGAGUACCACAUAAAGUUCAGCAACCAGACCGUGACUGUCAUCAGUAAUUUUACCCACACCCACUCCAAAAUCCUUCAGGAGUACCCCAUCACCUGCAUGAUCCAACACCCUUCUCUAAAUGUGACCCUGGUCCUUCCCACAGACAGCCUGGAGCAGGGUCCAGACAGCAGCAUGGCACUGGCCAUUGCCAUUGCACUGGGGGUCCUAGUCCCCCUGGCCUCCCUUCUCCUUCUCACCUGCCUCUUCUACCGCUGCCUCAAGCACCUACAUGACCCAGAGAGAAACCCAACCUGGCCCUGCUGGGUACUUCCUGCCUGCACCAAGGCCAAGAAGUGCAGGCAGUACGGAGCUGCAAGCAGGUGGGCUCCUGCAGUGUCCCACAGCCUUGGUACGCCACUGAAACCUGAGAACUACACAUGGAAGAACUACAGAAACUCUUAAAAUGGGACCUCAGGCUUCCAAGAAAACCUCCUGUGACUUUCUCCAAGAUAAAGACAAAAAGGGACAAUUUAUAAUAUAUAUAUUUUUUAUUUUAUUAAACUAUAAUAUUCUGUUUCAUAAGAAAAAAAUGUGAAGUAUUUAUUUGAAACUCAGGCUGGCUGUGUGGAUGCAUUUAGUGGAACUAAUGUAUUUUUGGGGUUUUAACAUUGUUGACUACUCUUUGAUAUUUUAACAUUGCAAACUCAAAAGUGGAUGGGGGAUUGUCUGAAACAAGGCAACAUUUUGCAAGGCUGCUGGCUUGAAAAGUGUUGCUGAUGGACCUAAGGUGCCCCUUACCAGGAGCUGGGCUAUAGAAAACCUGUGGAACAGCCCAGCGCACUGCUCUGAACUUCAGAUGUUGAACUUGUUCCCUAAAGGACACAAGAGAUCAGGCCAAGACUGCAGCCAGCCUGAACUUAUAACCCAGGUGCCAGGAUUAACAGGCUUCAAAAGCCAAGAGUCAUGAGGAAGUGCCAAGUCCAACUUCCAGUAACCUCUCCUGGAAAGCAAGGUAAAAGGCACAUAAAUGUUUCCUUCUUUCUCAGGGCUUUUCACAGCCCCCUUCUUAAUAUACCUGAUCUAUCACAGCUGCCUUGUGUUUCCUGGCAUCCCACCGACCUGCAGGAGGAGCAGGGCAAUAAAAGGGUAGUUGCAGGGUUAGUAGGUUGUCCAGUGCAUUUUGUUUGUGUCCUGGUGUAGUGGCAGGCAGAAGAUACACAGUGCACCCAGAAUUCCUGCAAAGAAGACAGGCUUACAGCAAGACCUAGGUGCGACAGCCUCUCUGAGCCUGCACACACCAAAAGACCAACACAUCCCUUACCGAAACGAGAAAAGUGGAAAUUGUGGAAAGAGAAUAUGCAGGCUCAGUACUGUGAGACAGUAACCAGUGGUACUCCAGCUGAGUGAUUCAGGAGACUGCAGAAGCAAGGGAAAAGGUAUGGCUUCAUCUCCAUAUUUCUUGUGGGGGCUGGAUUUAGGUUUCUCAGUGAAUUUCCUCCUGAUCUUACCAGGAAGAUGCUGGAAGGGGAAGGGGGCAGCUUUCUCAGUGAAUAGACAGUGAUUAAGACACAAAGGGAGGUGUCUGGUACCUCUGGCAUUCCAACAGAAGCAUUUAGGGGUUUGGGAGUUUUGAAUGGGGGCAUGGGCUCUACGCCUCACAGUUUGGGAGGCUGGGUGUGAGAAACAAGGCUCACUUUUUAAAAUUAAUUUAAUAAGGGAUAAAGAAAAAGUAACAGCACUGAGUGCGUAGCCAUAGCCAGAUGCACACAGUUAACUAUAACAACUCUUCUUAUAAACUUUUUCAUUGCAUUGGUCAAAUGCAUAUUCUUGAAGAUUAUUCAUAUACAUAACUCCUCUGAGUUUACAUGUUCUGGGAAUUCUUUACCUUAGUUCCAGGAAUUCUUUAGUUUAGCUGUGACCUGAUCUUCUUAAGAGUACAGUAAGCAUACCAUAGUGCCACAAUGCAGAUGUGAUUUUGAGAGCCUUAUAUUUUAUUUUCUCAGAAGGUCCUGUAAUAGAUGAGUAAUGCGAUGAUUGACUCUCACAAUUAAAAGGCAAAUAUCAUGUAUGUUAUGGAUAUGAUAGAAAUUCGUGCCAAUGGGUUAUAGAUAUAUGUAUCAAACAUGCUAUUAAAGGGGGGCCCAGGGUUUAAUCCUAGAGUGACACCUCAGCUGGCUGACAAGGGUGGAACUCGGCAUUAACACUUUAAGUGAAGGAAGGAACCAACAUGAAUAUGAUGAACUUUGAAAGGAGACAAAAGAACUCUGCUGCAGGCAAGAAAAAGAGUAUAAGAACUGUCCCUGCGAAGCAGCAAGCGUGGACAAAGGGGGGGUUCAGUGCGAUAGAGGCCGAAUCUGCGUCCACCCAGCCUGUGUCCCCGGGGUCUGCUCUGUCAUUUUUUUAUUGGUGGCUGUUGGGACUGUA